AUGCCAGUAUACCAUAAGACUGCAUCUCAAAAAUCACUCCUUCAUCAUCGCAAUCUAGUCGACCAUAGUCCAUCGCAUCCCAAUUCAUCCAUAAACCCGUUACCCGCUCAAGACCUAAAUCUCCAGUCUACAACAACUUUAAACUUGCCUAAACAAAAAGUAUCGCCAGUUCCUAAUAUGAGCGAUACUGAUUCUUCAUAUGUAGCUUAUGGAUCCAGGUCAGCGUCGAAUGCAGGUGGAUGGUUGCUACUUGACCCAGAAAACACUCAGGAUGCAACCUCGACAAAUAUUUUCAAUUCAAAACUCCCACUUGCAAACGACCAAGACCAAGACAGCAAUCACCCGCAGGAAGAUGCUCAGAACCUAGGCAAUGAGCGAGACAAGCACUUGGAAGACGAACCCAUUAUUACUCGGGCUCUACUAAUCAACAUUGCUAUUGUGGCGUGCAUUGUUGGCAUAGCUGCACUUAUUGUUUGGCAACUUCGGCUUACAAGAUACAUGCAUGUCAUUCUGCUUUGGGCAAAAGAACAUCCAACUCCUGGCCUUGUUGUGCUCAUGAUGCUUAUUGCCAUUCUUACGGUUACAUCCAUUCCUGGUGUGGGGAUUCUACAAGUCGCUAUUGGGUUCCUAUAUCAACCAUUCCCACUUGCUCUACUCUUCAGUUUUAUCUCCAUCAAUGUCGGUGCUGCUGUAGCAACCAUCAUUGGAAAGGGGUUCUUGCGGAGCAGAGUCGAAAGCAAAAUUAAAUCCAACUCGAGAUUGAGAAAUGCAAAAAUUGCCAUCGAGUCGGAUGGACCACUCAUGACAAUAAUGCUAAGGUGUGCACUGCCUUUUUCUAUUGGCAGCUACAUGUUUGCGACAAUCGAUGCCAAUCCCAGGGCAUACAUCAUCGGGACUAUUUUCAGCGGACUGUUGCACGCAAUUCCAGACACGUUCAUUGGCACUAUAUUAAAUGAUUUCCUUGAUCCAGCAGGCUCAGAAAAUGAGGACAAACGACCCAAAUAUCUAGUUUUUCUCGUCAUGGGAGUCUUUGACAUUCUCAUCAUCACAUUUGUAGCUUGCUUCGCCAGCAGAGCUAUCCGACGAGUCGACGAUGAACAGCGUAAAGGCACAUUGGGUGUAAAAAUAGAUGACAUAGAGCAGUCGGAUACAGAUGUGCUGGUAGUUGAGCAGGAUUUGAAUCCAGGAUUUUCCAGAUUUGAAAAAUGGUGUAUGGUUGCAGCAUGCGUAGUAAGCGUAUUGGCUUUGUCGUGUGGUGUUCCUUUCAUAUGGCUCUACUUGGGAAACCCGUGA